AUGGCAGGACAGACGAGCACCGAUCCAUGGGUGAAGAAAAGGUUUCAACUGUGGAGCAUUACAAAGGAACCACCGACCACAAAUCCAAUUGUGCAAUAUGGGAACGGUAAAUCCUAUGCAAAAACAUCAGUAGCUUACAUUACUUGGGUCAACAUCGAAUUGCUAGACAUGGAGUUGUUAGGAAGAUUUUCUAAAAGUCUGGGUUAUGAGACAUUUGGUUACUGGUAUUAUAUGCCAACUAAAGAGCAACAGGGUUUGACCAUGACCCCCAUUAUAGACGAGAAUGUGUUGGGAAAUUUUAAAAUAAUGGCUAGGGCACACAAAUUUCGUGAAAUUGAGCACUUGUAUGUAGAGCGCAAGACUAAACCUGUGCCAAUGAAUUUCCCCCAUUACUUGAUGAACUCACCAUCGAAGAGGAUAGAAAAGCUUAUCCAUCUCUUGGUCACAGAAGACCCAAGAGCAACAGUUGAUGAUGAAAUUGCAUACAUCAAGCAAAUGAUGAACAUGACAAUUCCAAGAGAAAAGAUUGAAGAUUUGAUGGACAUGGCUAAAGAGAAUGUCAUUGCAUGA